AUGUCAAGACAGUUUCGGAAUUUGAAAACUCGCUUGUUUGACCACCUUCAAACUACAACCCACCUCGAGAAACAAAAAGAGAUUACAGAUGUUGAGACUGGAAAGCAAGAGUUUGAAUCAAGAAACAGGAAGGUUGGCAUGAGAUGUGCCCGUACAAGCUAUUUACUUUAUAAGACUGCUAGGCCGUAUAGUGGGUACGAACAGCUUGUUACUUUAGAAAGUUACAAUGGCUGUGAUAUGGGUAACAUCAACCAUUCACGUAAGUUCCCUGCUCAAAUUUUGCCAUUCAUCGCAGAUGAGACGAAGGCACGUGUUAAAAAAUUCUUAUGUACACCUCUUGUACAGACUGGUUUUCUUCCUCCUGUUAAAGUUAUUGCUGACAAGGAUACAAAGAAGCAUCGUACAAGACAGGUAGUUCUUUUGGUUACGAUUGUACCUGAUGCCGCAGAGUUGAUACAGUACAUCUAUCUUGACCAUCCAAUUGUAAAGAAACACACUGGGAAGGACGUUGCUGCAUCAAUAACAAAUGUUCUUCAAAACUAUAUUGUUGCUGGACAGUUUGAAGGUGGUGGAUUUGAUGGUCAGUAUUUUCAUCUUGGCGUUCCAGAAUAUGUCAACGCACAUUAUGAGAUUGACUAUUCAGAUACUUACUAUGACUGGGACGUUCUUCAUUGCUGUGGCCUUGUUGACACUCGUCUUCGAAAACUUGAGCAGUUCCAGUGGCUUUCCAACAUCACCAACACUGUUUCCUCUAUUUUCAAAUUGUUCAACUGGGGGAAAGGCUACGAGGAGCUAGUUGAAGCAUGUGAUCGUUUGAAAUUAGCUAUACAGAAUCCACAGUUCUUUUGUGAAACGAGGUUUGCUAAUUCUGUACGGAAGGUCUAUGGAAACUUUUUGGCUGAUCUAUGA